CACACACACACACACACACACACACACACACACACACACACACACACACACACACACACAGCUUCAGUUUUCCUCCUGGCUGUGGACAGAGGAGCAGGUCUACUUUGACUUUUAUGCGCAUGUGAAUCUGGCCGUAUGUGUUUCCAGGAUUUGGGCUCUCGAAAAACAUACAAAGCUGAGCACAGGAAAGUGCUUAUUCCUUUUUGAGUCUGGUUUCUGUCGCUCCUCUUCCUCGUGACGAAGGCGUACUGUAUCCCAGGAUGCUGUGUAACAGGCCAUUCCGCUAGGCUGCAGCAGCAUGGGUGGAGCCCCAGACGAACGAGAAGGUACGGAUUGGACGGCUCUUCUCCAGACGGGUGCGCACACACACCCUGCUACUGCCCAUGGGUGAGGACAGCGAGAGCCCCAAAAUCAACCACAGCUUCCUCCGAGACUACGUCACAGAGGCUGAUGUUAUUUCCACGGUGGAGUUCAACCAGACUGGUGACCUGCUGGCAACCGGUGACAGGGGAGGCCGAGUGGUUAUCUUCCAGCGGGAACCAGAGGAUAAAGGAGGAAGGGAAGAGCUUGGUGAUGCAGGGGAGUAUAAUGUCUACAGCACGUUUCAGAGCCAUGAGCCUGACUUUGACUACCUGAAAAGUCUUGAAAUUGAGGAGAAGAUCAACAAGAUUCGCUGGCUGCCUCAGCAGAAUGCUGCCCACUUCCUCCUGUCCACAAACGAUAAGACCAUAAAGUUGUGGAAAGUGAGUGAGAGGGACAGGAGGCCUGAAGGAUACAACCUGAAGGAUGAAGAAGGACGUCUUAAAGAUAUUUCCACCGUGACAUCAUUACAGGUUCCAGUACUGAAGCCUGCUGAUCUGAUGGUGGAGGUCAGGCCAAGGCGUGUUUUUGCAAAUGGCCACACCUACCAUGUGAACUCCAUCUCGGUAAACAGUGAUGGGGAGACAUACCUGUCAGCUGAUGACCUGAGAAUUAACAUGUGGCACCUGGCCAUUACAGACCGGAGCUUCAACAUUGUGGACAUUAAGCCGGCAAACAUGGAGGAUCUGACAGAGGUGAUCACAGCAUCAGAGUUCCACCCCAAGCAUUGCCACCUGUUUGUUUACAGCAGCAGUAAGGGGACACUCCGCCUGUGUGACAUGAGAGCAUCUGCCCUCUGUGACAAGCACUCCAAAAUCUUUGAGGAGCCAGAGGACCCUGGCAAUCGUUCUUUCUUCUCUGAGAUCAUCUCUUCAGUAUCAGAUGUCAAAUUUAGCCACAGUGGUCGCUACCUGCUCACACGAGACUAUCUGACCACCAAGGUGUGGGACCUGAACAUGGAGAAAGGCCCUAUCGAAACAUACCAGGUACACGACUACCUGCGGAGUAAGCUGUGUUCCUUGUAUGAGAACGACUGUAUCUUUGACAAGUUUGAGUGUGUGUGGAACAGUACAGACAGUGUGAUCAUGACUGGAACGUAUAACAGCUUCUUCCGGAUGUUCGACCGUGAGGCGGGACGUGGGGUGACGCUGGAGGCAUGGAGAGAGAGCAGCAAGCCGCGAGCAGUGCUACGAACUCGGCGGGUUUACACUGGGGGGCGGCGGCGCCGUGGAGACGUGGGUGUGGACAGCUUGGACUUCACCAAAAAGAUUCUUCAUAUGGCGUGGCACCCUGCUGAGAACAUUAUUGCUAUAGCAACCACCAACAACCUGUACAUCUUUCAGGACAGAGUACACCCAGAAAACCAGUGACAUCACAAGAGCAGUCAUCUCAACAGGGGAAUGUGGCUCUGUACACACACACACACACACACACACACACACACACACACACACACACACACACACACACACAUACAAUGUUGAACAGUCAAACAUAGUAAUGCCCCUGUGAAGACGUAUUUCAAAGUUUUUGGAUAAAUGCAAAGACAGGCAACAGAGUGGAACUACUUACUCCAACCCAAUCACAAUCACAGUCCCAUCAAGCCUGUUUUCCUUUACUGCCAAGAGUAUUUAAAUUUGUGAGUGUACUUUUAAGCUGACACCACUGUCAACCUGUCCUUAACUGCACUGAUGUAACUGACAGUGCUGUCAGCCAAUCCCUGAAAGCUAUCACCGCUACUCAGCAGAGAGAUGAAGCAGUUCUUAUGGGCUGCAGGUCACUUGGCUGCCAUGGAUGCAUUUACCUGAUUGUCAUGGUUUCAGGAGAGCUCUAAGCAGUCUUCUUAUCAUGUGCUUCCCAAAACAAAUCCCACAGUUUGUUACUCUGCAAGUUCUGCUUUCUCUUUACAUAUUUGCUUAACCCAGGAUUCACAUUUAUAUUAUACUUUCUCUUUGAAACAACACAUCUCAGUAUCUCAUUAACAGCCAUUCCUGGAUGUUUCUUUAUGAAUCCUCAUGAGAGCUCUACCACACACUAACACCUGUCAUAACGCUAACCCUGUACCUCACACUAACACCUGUCUUAACCCUAACCCAGUUCUUUCAACAGGUAGCAUCUGCAUUUGUGACUAUUCAACGAACACAAUACACUGAUGAGGUGAUUUAAUAGCAAGCAUAUUUUUUAAGGAUAAUAUACCCUUUCUGGCAUGAAUCACAAGUACGUAGAGUCCCAAUUAUUAUUUUACCAAUAAGAAAUUAUUAGAAAAUCGCUGAUUGAUAAUGUUUCUGCAAAAAAAAUUAAAAAUUUACAAAAUGCUCUUCUUACCCCAAAUAUAGUCGAUCAGUCAUAUGACAGACAUAUUGGAUGUUAAACAUAUGCUACUACAUUUUUACCCUAACCUUAACCCUGACCCUAGGUUAGGUUAACAGGUAAUGGAGGAUAAAUACAUGCCUAAAAACACUUGUCUCACCACAUUCUGUUCAUAAAUUAUAUCAAGUACUUGCCAAUUUGGAUUAGGACAGAGUUUGAGUUACAAUUAUCGAUAAAUCACCACACAGGUGAAAGCUGUAACAUCUUAAUAUCACAUCUAGAAGUAACCCUAACCCUAACACUAACCAGCUGGGCUUACGAGCAACCGUAACCCUGACCCCCAACAUUAACCCAAUUUGGGAGUAACCCUAUCCCUGAUUCCUAGCCCUAACCCUUAGCAGUAACCCUAAUAGUGAUGUCUUGCUGUAAGUUCUUUUUUCUCUUUUUCUAGGGACUGCUUAGUAUCAAUUUCUCAUAAACACACACCACCGUGUGGUCAGAUGAACUGGGGUUGUAGUAAGCUACAUUUUUCUUCACCAAUUGCUUGAUGUAAAGGUCAAAGGUGAUGCUGCUGUUUCAUGACAAACACAAGUGCAGCGCAGGAGGUUCUGGAGAACAAACUAAUGUAAAUGCCAAAUCCAGUCUGAACUGCUCCAUUUUCCAAACUCCAGUACAUGGAACUUAUGGGGCUCCUCCAUUCUUCAUUCUUUCAUGAUCAUUUAUUUUUAUCUCAUGGCCUGUUACCAUGGCAACAAGCCAUCCACAAUUGUAUACCCUGCCAUACAAACAUUUAGUAAGCCUUAACACACACACACACACACACACAGCAAGCAAGCAGGAAAUAGGAUCUUGAAUUUUUCAGGGCACACACGCACGCACGCACAAGCAUGUCUACCAUUAUUCUGUGUUACUAAUAUGUAUAUCUGCAGCGCCUAAACAAAUUCUAACGACACCUACUAGAGAAAUAAAAAGGAAUGUGUAUAAGACAAGAUAAUACAAGUGUAUAACAUUUUAAGUCUACUUUAUUGUUCACUGUUCACAUAAAUAACUCAUUUAUUUAGGAUGAAUGUUUGUGUACAUCCUUUAUCUACAGAAACACAAGGCGUGUAUUAGAAUCACACUGUGCACAAAAAGCAGGUCAGAAGCACAGAGAGAACAAGAUGACACCACACGACACCAUCACACUGAGACAUGUGAAGUGCCUGUCUCACGUUCCAUCGGCUGAUGUCAACAGAGUGGGACAAAAAGGUGUGACAUAAGCUGUGACGUUUGUGUAGUACUGUAACAGUACUGUGGUUACAUUUGAGUAACAUGCGUUAAGCGGAUCUAUUUUAUGAUCAAUGCAUUAAAUCCUAGUGUUAACUCCUGCAAAACAGAUUUGAAGGUGAGAAAUUUCACAUUAAACAGACAAUUUAAAAAUAUAUUUGCUUCACAUAUCAAACAUAUCAUAUAUAUCAUAAAAAUGGGAAAAUAACUUACACUUAAUCAUUGAUAAAGCCAAACAUGGUGUAUAUAUGAUUCAAAUCUCUGUGUGGUGUAACACAAACAGGGUUUUGCAUCAAAGGCUUAGAGAGUAUUGUAGGAUAUCAGAUGUGUUAUUCUGCUGCUCUUAGACAUACGGUAAACUUUUGGGUCGGCACAAAUGUCUGUCUGGCAGGUCUUUAACUGGCUCUCAGUUCUGUUUCAAAGGUUGAAAAAGCAUGUGAAUUUGCUAAUAUACCAAAAUGCUAAGUUGACAAAA